AUGGACGACGACGACGACGAGGACCCGUACAACUUCGACCUCGCCGGGGACGACGACCUCGGCUACGGCGACGACGACAGCGCGAGCAUGAGCUACUCGCCCGCGCGGCGCGCGCCGGCCGCGCGGCCCGCGCCGGAGUCGAAGAAGGCGCCCGUCGGGCGGGGCGCGCGGCCGGCGUCGACGGCCGAGGCGCCCGCCAAGGGCGGCGGCUCGUCGGCGAGCGACAUCCUCGCCAAGGCGUCGGCGAUGCUGAGCAAGAAGCCCGCGAGCUACGGCGGCGGCCGCCGCGCGGCCGAGAAGGAGUCGACCGUCGACGACAUUUUAGCGGGCCUGAGCUCCGACGGCGACGAGAGCGAGGCGUCGCGGCCCCGCGGGCUCACGCGCCAAACCUCCACGCUCGGCCGCGGCGCCGCGCCGCGCGCGGGGUCGCGGUCCUUCGACCUCGGGUCCCUCGGCGGGAGCGACUCGAACGACCAGUCGCAGUCGUUCGACCAGGGGUCCCUCGACAAGCCGCGGCCGACGAUCUCGCCGUCGCCCGAGGCGGACCGGCGCCGGCUGCGCGACGAGACGCGAAUAGGCCGGGGCCUCGGCGACAUGCCCAAGCUGGGGCUCGCGCGGAAGAGCGUCUACGGCGACGUCCGCACCGCGAGCGGCCUCGGCGCGCCGGACCCGGCGCGCUCGCCGGACCCGGAGCCCGCGGCCCGCGAGGGCGGCACGCGCUGGCGCGAACUGGAGGACGCGCCCCUCACGGCGACGACCAAGGGCGACCUGAGCAGCAGCCGCCGCGGCACCGUGCGGUCCAGGGCAGCAAAAGAGAGCGAAAUUCCCAACUUCAAAGGCUCCUAUCUCGGCCAUGUGCGGUCCAUCAACGACCUCAACGACGCGCGCGCGGAGGAGCGCGCCGGCGCGCCGCCGACGCGCGACAGCGAGUCGACCUUCGACUUCGGGGGCCGCGGCGACGACGUCGACGAAGCAGACGACGACGACCUCGCCGGCGACCUCGGCGGCGGCGGUGCGCUCGAGGCCGCCGCGGAGCGCGCGUUGCUCCGGUCGCCCGAGGGUUUAGGAGCGGCGUCGGCCCUGCCGCGGCGCGCCGUCGAGAACUCGUCGCCGCCCCGGGGGAAGCCCGCGGAGCGGCCCGGCAAGCCGGGCGCGGCGCGGCGCACCGUGUCCUUCGACGGCGACGGCGCGCCGAGCUCCGACGCGGCGCCGCUACACUCCUCCGGCGGCAGCCCCGGCGGCGCCCUCGAGGAGUCGCUGGCGGAGGACGACAGCGACGGCGACCGCACGGUGGGCCAGCGCGACGCCGCCGGCUCGUCCGACUCCGGCGAGAACUACGAGGGCGAGUCCGUCGCCGACGACGACGACGCCGCGCCCAAUGCGCCGAACGUGCGGUCCUUCUCCGACCUCGCCGCCGUCGCCGCGCCCGAGUCUUCGGACGGCGACGACGACGCCGAGGAGUACAGCGACGAGUUCGGCAACGAGAGCCCCGCGUCGCGGUCGCCGCGGUCCGGGCCCGAGCCGCCGCGCGGCGCCGCGCCGCUCGGCCCGCCGGCGGCGGCGGGCCCGCCGCCGGCGCGACUCGCGACGCCGCCGUCGAGCGUCGCCGCGCGGGCCACGGCCGGCGCCGUCGUCCGCUCCUUCGACGACCUCGCGCUCGCUGUUGCUGAUGAGCCUGUGCUGGCUGCUGCACCCACACCCACAGCCGCGCCGGACCCCGCCGCCGACGCCAAGGUCGACGAACACACGGCGCGGGAGCUGCGGCGCGAGGCGAAGCACGCGCGCGCCGCGCGCGAGGCCGCGGGCCGCAACGCGGACCUCACGGACUCCGAGGACAACGAGCGCGGCGACGAACGACCGCCGGCGGCGGCGGCGAAGACGCGCAGGGUCCGGAGCCACGCGGGCCACGUCUUCUUCACCGUGCGCCUCGGCCUGCUGGCCAUCGAGCACCUCGACGGCACCGCGCGCGACGUCUUCGUCGCCGACGUCGCGGCGGCGCUCGGCGUGUCGCGGCGGAGCGUCGACAUCGUCGGCGCGCGCGAGUCGCUCGCGGGCGACGGCUCCGUGCUCGAGGCGCGCGUCGCCGUGCGCGGCGGCGCGGACGCGCGGGCGCUCGGCGCGGCCAUCGCGCGGUGCCCGCGGCUCCUCGUGCCGCGCGCGGCGCCCGACUUUCGGAUGGCGUCCUACGUGGGCUGCGUGCGCGUCCGCGGCGACGACGGCGAGGUCCACUUCGACUUCGCCGAGGGCGCGGCGCCGCGCGCGGCGACGGCCGACGCGGGCGCGCCGCGCGCGCGCGUGACGACGCACGACGCGGCGACGGGCGACGCGGACGAGGACGAGCUCCGCGCGCGGCCCGACGGCGAACUCGCGGGCUUCGCGCGGUGCCGCGAGGUCGCGACGCAGUUCAGCGGCAACCACGCGGGCAUCCAGGCGGACCUGCGGCCGCCGGGCCUGGCGGGGACGGCGGCCUACGUGCCGCUCCUCGCGGCCGCGCCCCGCGAGGCACCGCCCGCGCUCCCCUUCGACGCGUCCGCCGCGCCGCCGCGGUCGCCGACGUUCCUCAUCGACAACGCGGCGUCGCUCGCGCACGCGGACGACGCGACGCUGGCGAACAUCGCGCGCGCGUACGUCGCGCAGGCUUCCGCCGCGCGCGACGCGCGCCGGGCCGCGCCGCGGCCGCCGCCGCCGGGGCCCCUCUUCGGCUCCUACCCGCCGCCGCCGCCGACCUUCGCGGCCUACCGCCCGCCGCCCGCGCCGCUCCCGGCGCCCGCGCCGCCGCCGGACGUCGCCAAGACGCCGCGGACGCGCGACGACGCCGCGGAGAAGGAGAACGCGCCGGCGCCGCCGCCGAACGAGAGCGAGCCGCCGGCGGACGGCGCGCCCGCGGCCGCGCCGCCGCGGCCGCCGACGCCGCCGCGGCCGCCGACGCCGCCGCGGCCCGACGCCGCGGCGCCGCCGCCGCCCGCGCCCUACGGCCACGGCCCCUACGGGCCGCCGCCGCCGCCGCCGCCCUACGGCUACGGCUACGCGCACCCGCCCUACGGCUACCACCCCUACGGUCCGCCGCCGCCCUACGGCUACGCGCCCUACGGCUACGCGCCGCCCUACGGCGCGCCGCCGCCGCCCGGCGCGUACGCGCCGCCGCCGCCGCAGCGGCGGCCCGAGACGCCCGGCCCGGCGCCGCCCGGCGGCCACCGCGCGGCCGCGGCCGACCCGGAGGCCGAGCGGCUCCGCGCGCAGCUCUUCUCGCUCGCGGACCAGCACCUCGCGGAGCUCCACGCGGAGCGCGCCGCGGGCACGACGGCGCUCAACGCGCCCGACGCGGCGCUGCCGCAGAUGCUCGCGGCCCAGGCGGACCUGAGCCGCCAGCUCGAGGGCCUGAGGGCCAAGCUCGCGGAGUCGCGCGCGACGUACGACGCCGCGCGCGCGCGGCCGCCGAGCACCGAGGCGCACCACACGCUCGCGGCGACGCAGGAGUACAUCGACACGCACCGGCCGGCGCCGCUGCCCUACUGGAAGGCCUACAUGAGCGUCGACGCGUCCCUCACCGAGGAGGAGGCGCGCCAGCUCGCCUUCGACGACGUCAAGCACAAGCGCGGCGCCGCCGCGCCCGUCUCCGCCGUCGCCGCGACGACCGCGUCCGCCGCCGCGGGGCCCGACGGCCCGGACGGCGGCGUCGGCGAGGCGAAGGAGGGCUAA